AUGGCAUUAGCAAGUGGACACUGGAGUAAAAAAGAAGUGAGUGGAGAUCCUCCAACUCCUAGACAUGGACAUGCAUUGGUAAUGGCUGGAAAUAUAGCAUUUAUAUUUGGGGGCUGCUCCUUUUAUAAUACGUCUGAUGAUCAGCCAACAUAUUUCAAUGACUUCUACAUGUUGACAAUUACUCCUACUGAUUUGACUUGGGAAAAAAUACCACAGGAUGGACACAUCCCUUGUCCAAGGCAAGGGCAUUCACUCUGUGUAGUAAAAGGCAAGAUAUAUUUAUUUGGAGGGUGUUCAAGCAAGAAUGCUGAGUAUUGCCUUCCAGGAGUCUACGUCUUUGAUCUUGAUUUUUUAACCUGGCAGAAAAUCACAACCAGUGGUCUUGCUCCUCAGACUCUUGAACAUAGUUCAGCUGUAGUAGGUGAAAGCAUCUUUCUGUAUGGUGGCAUGGAAAAUGAUAUAGCAGUGGAUGAUCUCUAUAUGUUCAACACAGUGUCUCACUGUUGGACCCCAGUGAAAACCUCUGGUUCAAACCCAGGUGCCAGGUCAGGCCAUACUUUUGCAGCCAUUGGAGAAAUCAUCUAUAUGUUUGGCGGUCGUUCCAAUGAAGAUGAAUACUAUACUGAUGUGUUUGCACUGGACACAGUAUCUUUAAUGUGGCAAAAGUGUGAAGUCAAGGGAGAAAAGCCUAUUGGAAGAUCACAUCAUACAUUUACAGCACACAGUGAUAAGGACAUUUAUCUGUUUGGAGGAACUUCUGAGUUCAAAGUUGGUAAAACCAUUCCAAAGAAUGAUACUAUGAAAUUAAGUUUAGCUAAGAUGAAAUGGAAGAAGCCACUUUACAUAGGGAUCCCCCCAACUUGCAGAGGGAAUCAUGUUGCAUUUAUUCUCCAUAAUCAACUCUAUAUUUUCGGUGGAAUUAAUGGAAAAGAAUUCAAUGACCUUAUGGGAAUGAAACUGAUAAAUCCUUCAGACAGACAACCUUUUAUGAAAGAAUUUUUUUCAGAACUGGGAAUCCAAGGAAUAAGCAACAGGUUCACACCCACCAAAAUUCCUAAGGUGAAAUAUGAAUUGACAGAAUAUUCUUUGCUGCCUGCAUCAGUUUCUCCACCACCUUCAGUUCCAAUAGAACAGCUCCAGGAUUUCCAUUCUAUGUGUAGCCAAGCAAUGAAAAUGAUUACAAAAGCUUUCCAUUUAUUGGAUUCUGAAUUUCAAAAACUUAACAUGGUAAAAACUGAACUGGCUCAGGCAACAAAGGCUUUUCAGCAUGAAAAAGAUCAGUAUGAUAAAAACUUGGAAAACCAGCAGAAGGAGCUACAAGCAAUGCUAGAAAAACACAAAAUCCAAAACGAAGCAUGGCUCAAAGCCAGAGCAGAGGAGAAUGACAAGGAGAGGAAGGAGCUCUUCAAAAUGAGAGAAGCAAUUCUUCAAGAUCAGGAAAGGCUGAGAGAUGAACAGCAAACUGUUCAACAGUGCAAUCAGCAGCUCCUUUCUGUAGUGCAACAAUUCAAAGGAAUGUGAACCAUUUGCUGAAUAAAACCUGAUCACACAACCCAGCACUUCUCAAACAGAUGAACUCUUAUGUAUACUGGAACAAAGAUCCUGCUACUCUAUCAGUUAAAGCUUGAUCUUGCUGAGGUUCACUGAACCCUAGGAUGUUGGUUCAAUUAAAUUCCCACUUGCUUUAAAACACAUUAUAAAAUUUUGAUGCACCAUUUUUUAAGAAACAGAUAUAUAAAAGAGAGUGACUGAGGUGUUAAAUAAUGAGUAGAAUAAAUGUAC